AUGGCGGCCGUCGUGUCUGUUAGCACAGCUGCCAGAGAUGAAAGCACCACAGACACAGGGCUCGGUUUUGCCUCUCGCCCGCUCCACGAAAACCACGACGUGGCCGCGGACCACCAUGAAAACUGGAGAACCGGAGAACGCCGGCACCCCGAGCUCGUCGAGCCGUGUGAGGAGGACACGACGCCGGGACGAGAGUGUCAGCGGAGGGUCGACGAAGACCUGACAUCACUGAGCCCCGACGAGAUCGACAGCCGCCUGGAGCGAACUCGCCGGGAGUUUUACAACCGUAGAAAAAUCAUCAUGAAAAACUUACCCCCCGAUGUUAGCAAUCAGGAGGUCCACGAGCUGCUGGGCAACUAUGACUUAAAGUACUGCUUCGUCGACAAGUACAAGGGCACAGCAUUUGUGACACUGCUCAACGGGGAGCAAGCACAGUGUGCCAUCAAAGAGUUCCACCAGCACAUGCUGCGCGACCGGGAGAUCUCUGUGCAGCUGCAGCCGACCGACGCCCUGCUGUGCAUCGCCAACUUGCCCCGCGCCUUCACCCAGCAGCAGUUUGAGGAGCUGGUGCGACCCUUUGGUAACCUGGAGCGCUGCUUCCUGGUGUACAGUGCCUCCACGGGGCACUCCAAGGGCUACGGCUUUGUGGAAUACAUGAAGAAGGACUCUGCGGCCAGGGCCAAGUCAGAGCUCCUGGGGAAGCAGCUGGGCUCCCGCAUGCUGUACGUCCACUGGACCGAGGUGGGCUCGCUCACGUACCCGAUGCUGCACUCCAAAUGUCUGUGUGUGGACCGCCUGCCCCCGAGCCUGCUGACUGCCCAAGACCUCCGCAACGCACUGGCUGACACCCAUGCACCAGUCUUCUGCCAGUUGGCUCAGGGACAAGAUGGAAGUUUCCGGCGUUUUGCGGUGUUGGAGUUUGCCACAGCCGAGAUGGCUGAGGAGGUACAACGACUCACUGACGGCAGGCUGCUGGGCGGGACACACAUCAGGAUGUCCUUCUGUGCCCCGGGCCCUCCUGGAAGAAGCAUGUUAGCCGCUCUGAUUGCUGCCCAAACCACAGCUGUGAACAGGGGUAAAGGUCUCCUCCCUGAUCCUACAGCCAUGCAGAUACUGACCGGCCUCAAUAACCCUGCCACCCUCAAGAUGCUGCUGAACCCACUGUCACAGGGACACAAACAAGGCCUUCUUGGUGCAGCCCCUACGAUGCCGCUGCUGGCCAACCCCGCCCUCUCCGCUGCCCUGCUCCAGUUGCUCCUGCAGAACCAGGCCAAGGCCCAGCAGCAGGCAGGACUCAUUGGGGAGAAUCCUCUGGCGGCUCUGCCUGUCCAGCAGGGAGUCCAUCUGCUCGGAGACCUGCCGCAAGGUGGUGUUGUUCCAGGUCUUGGUCUUCAGGCAGAUCCUCUGGCCCCCCUAAAGCCAAUGCCUCUUGGCAGAGCCCUGGCAAGGGAGCAGGAAUCUCCCACAGCAGCGUGUACCUUCCCCCAGACUUCCUCUCCCACUCUGCAGGGCAUCUCUAUGCCUCUGAUGGGCAGCAUGAUGGGGGCAGAUGGCCUCACAGCACAAGGGGUAUCCAUAUUAGGAGAUCCUCCCAAAGAUGUGAACCUUCCCCAGAAUGCCUUUCUCAAUGUCAGCAAUGUUUUUCCUUCAGGAGGAAACUGCAGAACUCACCCUUAUAGAAAGAGGCCUACACUAAGCAAUGUGUCCAACCAGCACAGCAUACAGCCAAACUACAACUUGCGCUACCAGGAGUCCUAUAGCCCAGACUAUCCUCCUGUACACCAGGAUCCCUUGGCCCACUUGUAUGAGCAGCAGGAGAACCUUGAUACUGGGGCCCUGGCAGGAUUUGGACAGCAGCUCUCUCAUCAUCCUGAGUACAGUGAGCGGUUUUCCCACUACAGUUACCCUCCUAGCCCACCUCUGUCCUCAUAUUUCAGCUCAGGGCCUGAGGCCCCCAGUAAUGGUAGCCUCCCUUCCACCCAACUCAACAGGGCUGUGGGAAUGCCUCCUGUGAGCCACACCACUAACUACCCUCCAGGCCUGGGGAUUCCCGUGAGGACUCCCAUUGGUAGCCACAAGCGUGUCUUCUCCCGUCUGAUCCCCUCUCCGGAGCCAAGCCCAGAGGGUGGAUAUGUGGGCCAGCACUCCCAAGGCCUCGGUGGCCAUUAUGCAGACUCCUACCUUAAGCGCAAGCGUAUAUUCUAAAUACAGCUAAAGGCUUCUUGCUGUAUGAGUAGCCAUUCAACAGCCAGGACACAAUGGAAACUCCUCCGGUCUCCUCCAGUGAACUCUAUAACUUGGAUUUGUCUCCUGUUUACUCCUGUGAGUGACCCCUGGAGGGCGCUGAGGAGUUCAGCCUGUUUCUAUCUGGACAGUUGUCACCCCAUGGGAAUUCUUGGUGGUUGUUUUUUUUUUCU